GAAAAGGCAUAAUUAUAAUCAUCUGACCACAUGACCUGACAAAGAUGACAAAUUAAAACAGUGACAAUUUAAAAAUGUCAAACGCCAACUACAAAAAUUUGCUGGAUUUUACAUUGAGGGAAAUUCAUAGUAUAUUGGAAGACAUAGAAACUAUUUUAAUUGAUUGUGAUGGCACCCUUUGGCAUCAUAAUAAACCAAUUCCAGGGACAGUGGAUGUUUUCAACACUUUUAAAAAAUCCGGAAAACAGUUGUUUAUGUUGAGCAAUAAUUCGACAAAAACUCAUGUUCGCAUUGCUGAAGAUGCCAGAACAAUGAAGUAUCAAGUUGAUAAUGAUCAUGUUUUAAACACUGCUUAUCUGACAGCUAGUUUUCUGAACUCAGAACAUUUUUCCAAAAAAGUAUACAUUGUAGGUGCGAUGGGUAUAAGCGAAGAAAUGGAAAGCGCCGACAUUGAAAAUUUCGGUGCAGGUCCAGAAAAUACUGAAGUUGAUUUUAAUAGUGAUCUAAAUCACAUUGAGAUACAACCUAACGUUGGUGCGGUCGUUGUGGGACAUGACAUCCAUAUUUCAUAUGUAAAACUAAUAAAAGCUACGACUUAUUUAAAGGAUAGUAAAUGUUUGUUUAUUGGAACAAGUUGCGAUGAAAGGCUACCCAGCACUCAUGAGUCAUCAUUAAUAUUGCCAGGUCCUGGAUCCUUAUUAGAAGCUAUUGAAACUGCUUCAAACAGAGAGGCAUUUAUUAUUGGAAAACCACAUACGUAUAUUCACGAGUAUUUGGUGAAAAAUCACAAUAUCAAUCCAAGGAGAACACUUAUUGUUGGUGAUUCUGUUACUGGUGAUAUAGAAUUUGGCUACAAGUGUGGAUACACAACGCUCUUGGUUUUAACUGGCGACACUACAUUAGAUAUGCUUAAAAGUACAAAGAAGAAAUUAGUAGUGUAUCCGGAUUUUUAUGUUGACUCAUUGGGAUCCCUGGUAAAAUUUUUCAACAGACCAAGAUUGUCCUAAUCAGUUCUAAUAAACACCCUGCAGUAAUUUAA